GUGAAAGAAGUUGCGAGCGGUCAUUCACGGAAUAACAAGGAAAUGAUGACAUUUUUCCUUAACCAGCCAGAAGAUCAAGUUACAAUUACAGAGGACAUUGUUGAGGCUGCCGCAGGAAAUAAUAACAGCAAGGAAGUAAUGGAAUUACUCCUUAACCAGCGAGGAAACCAGAUUACUAUUACGGAAGACAUUGUUAAGGCUGCAGCUGAAAAUUAUAUUGGCAAGGAAGUAAUGAAAUUACUCCUUAACCAGCGAGGAAACCAGAUUACUAUUACGGAAGACAUUGUUAAGGCUGCAGCUGAAAAUUAUAACGGCAAGGAAGUAAUGGAAUUGCUCCUUGACCGACGUGGAAACCAAGUUACUAUUACGGAAGACAUUGUUAAGGCUGCAGCUGAAAAUUAUAACGGCAAGGAAGUAAUGGAAUUGCUCCUUGACCGACGUGGAAACCAAGUUACUAUUACAGAGGAUGUUCUUAAGGCUGCCGCAGCAAAUUGGAACAAUGGCAAGGAAGUAAUGGAAUUGCUCCUUGACCGGCGAGGAAACCAAGUUACAAUUACAGAGGAUGUUCUUAAGGCUGCCGCAGGAAAUCUUUACGGCAAGGAAGUAAUAGCCUUGCUUCUUAAUCAGCGUGGAGAUCAGAUUACUAUUACAAAGGAUGUUAUUAUAGCUGCCGCAGAAAAUCCUGAGGGUGAGGAAGUGAUAGCCUUAUUUAUUAAUCAGCAUGGAGAUCAGAUUACUUUAAUAACGGAGUUUGUUAAGGCUGCAGCAGGAAAUGAGAGGAUUAGCAAAGAAACAAUGGAAUUGCUCCUUCAUUGGCCGGGAUAUUACUAAAUUACUAUUACAGAGGAG